AUGCCGUCCCUGUCUCCGGUGAGGCCCCUGGCCUUGGUGGCCCACAAUGCCACGGGCCGCCCCAACAGCAGUGUGCCAGAGAUGCCCUUGUUCCACCUGUUCGCCUUGCUGGACGAGGAGCUGCACGCCGGCUUCCCCGGCCUGUGGCUGGCGCUGAUGGCGGUGCACGGUGCCAUCUUCCUGGUGGGCCUGGUGCUCAACGGGCUGGCGCUGUAUGUGUUCUGCUGCCGCACGCAGGCCAAGACGCCCUCCGUCACCUACACCGUCAACCUGGUGGUGACCGACCUGCUGGUGGGCCUGUCCCUGCCCGUGCGCUUCACAAUCUUCUACAGCGCGCAGGGCUGCCUGCGCUGUGCGUUCCCCCACAUCUUCGGCUACUUCCUCAACAUGCACUGCUCCAUCCUCUUCCUCACCUGCAUCUGUGUGGACCGCUACCUGGCCAUCGUGCAGCCCGAUGGCUGCCGUCGCUGGCGCCAGCCCGCCUGCGCCAAGGCCGUGUGCAUCUUCGUGUGGCUGGCGGCCGGCGCCGUGACCCUGUCUGUGCUCGGCAUGGCGGCCGGCGGCGUGCCCUGCUGCCGUGUCUUCACGCUGACUGUGUUUGAGUUCCUCCUGCCUCUGCUGGUCAUCAGCGUGUUCACGGGCCGCAUCGUGUGUGCGCUGUCGCGGCCGGGCCUGCUGCGCCAGGGCCACCAGCGCCGGGUGCGGGCCAUGCAGCUGCUGCUCACCGUGUUGGUCAUCUUUCUCAUCUGCUUCACGCCCUUCCAUGCCCGCCAGGUGGCUGUGGUGCUGUGGCCGGGUCUGCCGCGCCGUGCCAGCCUCGUGGCCUACCACGUGGCCGUGACCCUCAGCAGCCUCAACAGCUGCAUGGACCCCAUCGUCUACUGCUUCGUCACCAGCAGCUUCCAGGCCACCCUCCGCAGCCUCUUCCGCCGGCACAGCGCGGACUACGAGCCCGGCAGCGGCGAAGCUGUCGCGCACAAGGGCUUCAAGGGCUCCUCUCACCACAUCCUGAGCACCGGCCCCCGCGCCCUGACGCAGGCCCUGGCUAAGGAGCCUGAGGCCUAG